AUGGGCGAGCGAAUCCACUUCGAAGAGCUCGCGUUGUCGCCCACGGGCAAAGUAAACGCAGGACCUCUCACUACCUAUCUCAAGCCCAAAGACGCCUUCACGCCCCCUCCCUGCACUCCAGACACAAUCUUCUACCUCGCCACGAUCGCGCCACACACAGACUCAUACCUCCUGCAAGGCCCGGUGAAGAAAUUCGCUCACCUGCUCCCUCAAAUACAGGACAUAGUCUCCAAUUCCCCCUCCGCAAUCGACAAGUUGGCCUCGCUCCAGGAAAUGGAGGAAGACAUCUGGGGGGAAGUGGAGAAAAAUGCGCAAUUCGAACAAGAUGGGUUUGAGCGCUUCGUUGUCGAGGGGCAGAGGGGCGUAUAUACAGUGCUCGAAGUCUUGAGAGAGAGGAACGAGGAAGUGAAGAAUGUGCUCCCUGCCGCUAUAUACACGGUUAUCGCAGCUGGGCCUCUGACCACUCCCUCGUCUUACACUUCCGCAGCAGUGGCUGGGACGCCAUCUGGGUAUGCGGCUAUGACGCGCUUGGUUGGCAGUUUUGUGGACCGUGGGGCGGCACAAACGGCUGCGAGGCACAUCAUGCUGCAGUUGGUUGAUGGCGUGGCGGGUGUGACGCGCACUGAGACGUGGGGGGCAGGCGGUAAGGGCGGGGGACUGUUGAUGGCGAUGUGUCCGGGAAAGAUGUGGGAGGUCAAGGUUGUGUAUGAGGAUCAGGCGCUGAGGAGGGCGAGGGAGGGCUUGGAUAUGGAGGGUGAGAAGGUGGGAUGGAGGGUCUGA